AUGUAAGAUCAAGGUUCAAGUAAUGAUACUGAAGAAUAAACUAAUAGUAUAAGUUAGAAUAAGAAUAUCAAUAAGCAGAAUCUGAUCAUUUAUAACUAUUAAAAUGACAAAGAUAUUGGGCCAAAGUCUGUAGAACUGGACUAAACAACUGGAGAGAUUCAUACAUUUCAAAGUGGCAAUCAGAAUUAAGUAGAUUAGCUUCACAGAAAUAUACAUAAUGGCUUAUUUGAGACAUUUCUUCCCGCCGGCUAUCCACAUACAGUAGCCCCUGCAUACUUGAAGUUUUCCAUUUAUAGUAAUAUGUCUGCUUUUCUUUACACAGCGAUGGGAUUCCUUUCAGCUUAGAGUCUAUUUGUAGCUAUUGGAAGCACAAUGACGUAAGCCAAUGUCGCUGCAGCAGCUUAUACCUGGGUUCUUAAAGAUGGCCUAGGUUAACUGGGUGGAAUAUUAUUUGCGAGUAGAUAUGGUAGAAAUUUUGACGAAGAUAUCAAGAAAUGGAGAUUCAUGGCUAUUUUUGCUUUGAACGUGGCAAUGUACAUUGAAAUUUUGACAUUAAGUUUUCCUCAUCAUUUCCUGCUUUUAGCUUCCUUAGCCAAUGUAGGCAAAAAUAUUUGUUUUUUACUGGCUUCAGCAUCUAGAGCUAGCAUAAAUAUGUAACUAUCAAAAAAUAAUAAUAUCGGGGAUAUUUCAGGAAAGAGUGUCUCAUAAGCAACAGCUUCCACACUGGUUGGAGGUGCAUUCGGACUAUGGAUCUCUAAAGUUAUAGAUAUUACUUAAGUAUCCUAGCUUUAUCCAAUAUUCAUUGUUCUCACAGGGAUGAAUAUAGCUGCAUCUUAUUUUUCCGCUAAGGUCAUUGAUGAAAUUUACCUCAAUAACCAAAGAGCUUACUUACUUUUCAAUGAGUAUUUCUAGAACAAUUAUAAGUUCAGUUCUGCUGCUCAUAUCAAUCACAUUGAAGUAUUUUAUCUUCCUAAUUUACUCAAUAUGAAAGUCUGUAAAUUCAUAAAGUACGGACAUAGCUCAGUCUACUCCCUUCUUGAAGAUAAAAAAGACAAACUUUAUCAAUAGAAUCUUGUUAAUUAAUUGAAAUAAAAAGACAGAAAAUUUAUCUACCAUGUUGAGGGAUUAAACUCUAGAUUUAGAACUAAUUUUAAAGGGUUUUUCAAUAAUGGUAGACCUUAUAAAAUUCAUAUAAAUAUGAAAAAGGAAGCAGAGAAUAUUGAUAUCUUAAAGUCCUAUUACUUUGCUAGGCUAUUGGACAACUAACUCAAUAAAGACAUGAGCUACAAUAAAAAUGACUCGAAUACUAACAAUUUAUAUCAAAAGAUAUACGAGGCCGAGUAAGAAUAUAAAUAAAUAGAUUUCAGUGAAUUUGAGAAUCAGUUAAAAGGUUAGGGUUGGAGUCUUGAGUAUAUUUAUUUAGAUUCCAAGAAAAAUAGGUAUAGUGUCGAUAUUUAGGGCCAAUCUUCAAUUAAUCAAUAAUGA